AUGAAUUCGGUAAAAGAUGGGUUUUUCCCGGACAAAGUUAUUUUUCAAAUCCUUGCAAGACUGCUUGUGAAGUCUCUAUUCAGAACCAAAACUGUGUGUAAACUUUGGUACAGAUUGUCCUCUGACAAGUACUUUAUUCAGCUCUAUAAUGAAGUGUCUGUUAAGAACCCAAUGGUAUUGGUUGAGGUUUCUGAGGUAUCAGAAUCGAAAUCUAGUUUGAUCUACGUUGAUAAUUUGAGGGGUGUGUCUGAAAUUUCCUUAGAUUUCUUGAAUGAUAGGGUUAAGAUUAGAGCCUCUUGUAAUGGAUUGUUGUGUUGCUCUAGCAUCCCUGAUAAGGGUGUGUACUAUGUAUGCAAUCCUAUGACUAGGGAGUUUAGGUUGCUUCCAAAGAGUAGAGAGAGGCCUCUGACCAGGUUUUACCUUGAUGGUGAGGCUUCACUGGUUGGUUUGGCAUGCAAUUUGUGGACUCAGAAGUUUAAUGUUGUGUUAAAGGGUUAUCAUCGAUCUUUUGGUCAUAGGUCGGAUGGAACUUUUAUAUGUUUUGUGUUUGAUUCGGAGUCGAAUAAAUGGAGAAAGUUUAUGUCUUUUCAAGAUUAUCAUUUUACGCAUACCACCGCGACCAUCAUCAACAACCUACCAUUGCGACCAUUAGCCUCAGCCGAUUAG